AUCAAAUUAUCUAAAUAAAUAGUUCAAUUAACGCGAUCAACGAUAUCCUGAUCUUGGUCUAAAACAAUCGACGGAGGACGCGCAACAUCGUCAUGGCAAAGUUCUUCUCUUCCUGGGAAAACCGCUGGAGCAGUGUCCCUCUGUACGCUUGCUUGACCAGCUUCCGACCCACACUCAUGCAACCCUUCUUGGCGGACAAUGAGCAGGCCGGUGGAUGGUGCCACAUCAUCAGUGCGAUCCCGACGACUAUCACCGCCACACCCACACGAUACAUUCGUGAUGCGGUCGUCGUUUGCUUCGAGUUGGAUACGGUGUAGGUCGGACGGAGGACGGGGAACUGCGGCAGUACCCACAUGUGGUUCCCGGUUGCGAGCCACACGAUCAACCACGUGAUGAAACGCACGACGAGCAUGGCUGCGAUCGCCAAGCCCACCGUAACCCCCGAGUCCCAAAGCAUCUUCUGACCCCAUGCUGGCCACACGGGAUACAACACCCCCAUGCACAGAACCCCAAAGAACGACAAGCUAGCAAUGUGGCGCCAAAUGGACGAUCCUUCGUACAUCCACGUGUACACGCCGUCGUCCGUGAAGGUCUGGUCGGCCUCGUCGAUGUCGAGGUGUGGGUAUGUUGAAGUUGUUGGCGCCUUUGUCGACGGCGGCGCCUUGAUGCGUCUCGACUUGUGGAUGAAACCAUGUGCCAGAAGCGAGUGUCCAAUGUCCUCGACACUGUCGUUCGCAUUGCGAAAACACUUGCGGACUUCUUUGCCGCGGAAGAAGGUGACGCGGCGGUCGCGCUCGAUUGCGUCGCGGCACUUGGCGUGGUGCAGCAGCGUAUCCGCCAAGGCCAUGGUCGUGUCUAGGUCCAGGAGUUGCGGUGUCUCUUUCGACGAGUACGAGGACAAGGCGGCCGUUUCGUCGGUACUUGGCGAGAGAAGCAUAGCCUCCGACAUGGCAAAUGGACGAAUGAGCCACCAUCCAUGUUGACACUUCAAAAGACGUU